UCUUUUAUCUCUUUCUUCAACACCUUAUAAAAAGCUGAAAUCAUACCGAACACCACCUCCAGAUUCUCACGCGUAUACCUUCUUUUUAUCUCUUCCUUUAAGGCCAACAGCGGCUGAGUUCGGCGCCGGCUACCAUGUCGUCGGGGAUAUGUUCACAGGGUUUGGUCUUGGCCACCGCCAUGGUUGUUUCCAGCACCGUUAUUUUCCUCACCUUUUCAAGGCAAAAACCUUCGUCUUCUUCUAAACAAACCCUUCGUUCUUGCUUGUCUUCAGGUGGAAAGAAAAGGGAUAAGAAGAAGAGCAAGAAGAAGGUGAAGUUUGCUGAGAAUGUGAAGGAAACAAGUGGAAAUGGAGAUGAGUACAGGAAAGAGCAGCACGAGAAGAUGAUUGCAGGAUCAAAAAUCGACGGAAUUUGCAGAAAUCAAAUGCCGGCGAAUAGGGUUGCUUUGUACAACGGAAUUCUCAGAGAUCGUGUUCAUGUUCAUCGAAUGGGGUGUUCGUAUUGAUUACUGUGAACUUUGUUUUUUUUCUGGGUUUGCAGAAACUUUUUCGACUUUUCUCUUCUCCCUUUGAUCUCUUUUGUGUAGGAUGUAAACAGUUAGAAGUCUGUCCAAAUUUAUGAGUUUUUUUUUGGAUGAAAA